UUGGAAGAAAUAGUGUCUGUUUGGUAGGAGGCCUGCCUCCCAGCGACCCAACACAAAUCCUGUUGACAUAACCCUGUUAAUCAAAGCAAUCCUCUAACUGCCCAAGGCCAGUUCCUUUGGCUCCUGGUGGAAAUUCACUCAGAGGAUCCGGAUCCGGCAAAUAUAAAAGUUCUGGUCCCAGCGUGAGGGAGCUACAUCCUGGAAGAGGUGGCCAAGGACAGCUCCCCUCCUGCCAGAACUAGCAGGCACUGAAGCAGUGGCAUGGUCCCAUCAGAAAACCCCAGGGACUGGAGAGCCAGCCUCCAAGGCACCAGCCUUGAGACAGACCUGGGGACCAGCUCAGGUGGGAAGCCGGCCGGCCAUCCGAAGGCUGUCCCCACGGCUCACCUAACCUUUGUGAUCGACUGUGCCCAUGGGAAGCACCUCUCCCUGGCAGCACCUGCACCGCCCCGAGCCCCCAGGCCCCACCAAGGGCCCGUCGCCCCGCCAAUGAAGACCUACAUCGUGUUCUGUGGGGAAAACCAGCCCCCUCUGACUCAGGACACCACCCCGGGUGGCGAACGCCUUGCCCAGGCCGGGCAAGGAAGGGUGGCAGCCCCAGCCUCCUCCCCGGAUAGCCCCCAGGAGGUUCCUGAGGCCAAGGGGAGACCCUUGAAGGCUGGGCCUGUGAGGUCUUCAACCUGGGGCACACUCAAGGACUCCCUCAGAGCCCUCUCCUCCUGCGUGUGCGGGCAGGUGGAUUAGCCGGGAGCCCGUGGGAGGAGGCUGGAGCACGGGCUCUGGGCCCGGGGGCUGCGGUUUUCAGGGCCCACCCCCAUUCCUCAGCCAAGCGGCAGUCCUUCCUGCCCGAGCCGAAGAAAGAACAUUAUUAGAUCCACGAAAGGACAUCUGAAACGGCCAUCACGUGCACCCCACUUCCUCUUCCUCCCAGUCUCUGCCAGCCGUUCAGCAGAGGCGGGCUACGGCUCACUCACCCUUGCAGCAGGCGC